AUGACUUUAAAAAUCGCCGCUGCUCUUGUCGUUUGCUUAUUUGGAGGCACUCUAGGCCUUCCUGGAGGAGCCCCGUUCUGUGAUCAAACUACACAAACACUAGGAUUUCUAAACAAACACGGCAAGGAUUCGACUGCAAAGUACACUAUUACGUCAAGGUGGGUCUCGAAUGAUUCAGAUCGAACCUGUCAUCAAGAUACUUAUAAGACUCAAUCGUAUAAAAGUGCUCAAACGUUCACUGCCGGACAAGCGAUGAAAUUGACCUUAUCUGGAACAAGUAAUAUCGGUGGCCUGAUUUUUGGAGGUCAGGAUGCCAACAAGAGAUUUGUUGGUGGAGUCACAGCUCCAACAACUGGUUCGUUCAAAGUGUGCAAUGCUGGUGUUGGUGGUGGAUUCUCUAUUACUCAUAGCUCACUAAACGCUCUCACGACGCUUGAUAUUCCCUUUACACCACCUGCUGGUACAAUUGGUCCAUUGACUGUUGUUUCUCUGGCUACAGUCGGAUCAAUUGGAACUCCAUGGGGGACCGCGAUGCUUACACUUCAAGCCGGUGGGGGUGGAGGAGGAGCUGGUGGUGGUGGAAAUACUACUGCUCCUAGUCCUGCUGGUAACCAAGCACAACCAUCAGCCGCACCCGCCGCUCAAUCAAAGGCACCAGUAGUCGUAUCUGUAGCUCCCAUAGCUCCAGCGGCUCAAUCGGCCGCUCCAGCUCCUCUACAAACUGAUACAGGCGGAAAAGUAGGCGAUACUAAACCGCCACCUGUAGCACCCGCAUUGUAUAGUCCGAAACCUGAUCCUGUUGGGUUUGUCAAAUUGCAGGAAACUGGCGGUGUCAACAAGUUGGCAGCAACACCUUCUCCUAAACCCCAACAAACUCUCAAGGCAAAGAACAAGAACAAGGCCAACAAGAAGAAGAAGCACACUCCCAACAAUACAGCUGCUGCUCCCAAAGCUACAGCAACAGGCAAAUAA